AUGGCCACGGAAAAGCAGUCAGAAACUGGAACGACACCACCAACGACCGUGGAAGAAGUAUCGCCGGCAGCAAGCGAUACCCUCGAAGGCAGAGUGAAGGCCUUGCCGCCCGAAUUAACAGCAAUGGUGAUGAGUUUCGCCUUCGCCCUCACCAUAGGCGAGAAGGUCUGGGUGGGCAAAGGCUACCGGACCUCUGUGCAGCUCCAGGUCAGCAAAGCAUUGAGGUGUGAAGUCGGCAAAGAAUGCUAUCUCCAUAACCAGUUUCGCUUCGAAAGCUUGGACAUGCUGGACACGUGGUUGCGCGCCCUUCCGCCGGACAGUCGAAGCAUGCUCUCCCACGUUGUAUUCACCGUAGCGACGAGCCUACCAACGACGACUGCCGCAGUAAAGGACGUGGGGAGAGAGUAUCGGAUCAAGGAGAAGCUUUGA